UAGUCAACAUUUAGAUUAUGAGAGGGCGCUGUUUGUAUUGUGAUGAUGCUACAGUAGUUUCUGCUAAAUGUUCCACGGUAUUAUUUCCUACUCCCACUACUAUUGCUACAUCUUGCUUGUCACUCCCAUCAUCUGAAUCUCUCAGAUAAAUAUUCUGUUACCAGUGUUGCCUACCAUCAUUGCAGCCUCAGCAACGCAUAUAUGCAUAUGUAGCAUAGGAGCGUGUGUGUGCGCUCGCGCGUCACUGAUGGACAACUCUACCUGACUUGCUUAUUAUACAAGAGAAACGAAAAGGAAACACCGAGUAUAUAUAUAUCUAUAUAUCUUAAAAAAAAGGAAUUAUAUAAAAGGGGAAAAAAACAACAACUUAAAAACGAAGAAUAAAAUCUACUCAACUCACAUGUGGAUAUGUAUUUAUAUAAUACGGAUCAACCCUGCUUUAAAUCUACGUAUGUAUACAUAAUUGUAAAGCUAUAAAUGUGCGUAUAUUGAUAUAUAUACUAUAAUCAUACAUUAUAUUCUGUUAUAAACUAAAGGCUGUCUGCCCAAACUGACAAGCUUGUUGAAGAGUUGUAUUAGUCUCUGGGAAACUUCAUUCAACGAGCAAUAUAAGACCGGUGGAUAUUACACUUGGAAACGUCAUAGAUACUAGUAAACCAAUUCCAUUUACCCAGUUACUUGGUUUUUCACGAUACGGGUGAAUACAUUUAUUGUUUUAUUAAUCAAAUAUCACCAUUAUUCGAAUUCUUACAACCCUCAGUUUUCUUCUCCUAUCUCUCUCUCUCUCUUUCAUUCACUCUCAAUUCUUUCCUUUUUCUAUUUGAUAACCCUUCCAGCUAUUUGGAUGUCAAUGCGUUGCCAAGAGUGAAAUUAUAGUAAAAAAUUGGUUGUUUAGGCGAAGUAAGACUUUUUAUUUUUUUCUUCCAAACACAUCUCGUCUAAUCGAAAUGCGGUGUGUUCACAUUGAACCCUCACACUUUCUAUUCUUGUUACCAGCAGCACUGUACCCCCAGCACGAGUGAGUGAUGUUUGGUGUGACACAGGGCCAAGGGAUGGCACCAACAGCACAACCACUGCCGCUACUGCUGCUACACCAUAUACGACAAUUCCGACAGCGACCUCUUAUCUUUCGCUACCAUCGUUAUCACCAACCGUACAUUCGAGUAAUUUACAAUAAUAAGAAUAAAAAAUACACCACUACCAUCGCUUCUACAAAGAGCAACAACACUAAUAACACUGCCAAUUGUGUAACUCCUACUAAAGUCUUAGCAUCUACAGGUACCCGCUUCAUAUUCAAUCUAACUUCAUUUGUAACUAACAACAAGAACCAGAACAACAAUAUUGUUGCUGACAGUUCUGACUUCGGUGCUUUAUAUUCAAUUAGUUCGUCUAAAGCUGAAAACAGUUUAUCUUCCUUAUCAUCAUAUACAGGGUGGUUACAAAAUAGGGGAUCAUCGUGAAGCUAGGAAACACACAACAAGCACGCAGACGUAUGAGACUUAACUAAAUAUUUGCCCAACUAGAUUUCACAUAAUUUGAAAACAUAAAUCAGGUAAAAACUCCGAAGAAAACUUUUAAAAUCCUCAAACAAUUUCAUUCAUACACUCUGAAACAACACAAUGUAGUUUUAUAAUGGAAAAUGAAAAUUAAAUUAAAUUAUGGAUCCCUUACUUUGUGACCACCCUGAAUUUUUUUUUUCGCCCUUGUUUUCUUUGUGUUUGCCCUUAUCGUCAACUGCUAAACUGUAACAUGUUAGCCAGUUUUAUCACCCAUUAUCGACUAUUUCUCUUUUUACUUCUGUAAACGAUGUAAUAUAAACAUAGCUAAAUUCGUGUCCGUACUAUUUACUCCUUUUGUUUUAAUUUUUCGCACCUUAACUGCAAAUCAUCAGCUCCCCACAAUCAACAUGGUCAGUGCUUUGCUAAUUGUUAAUAUGUGAUAGUUGUUAUAUAUUAUUACAAUACUUCUUGCUUGUUAACUUUUUUCAUAUGUUACUGAUAAACACUACAAAUAUUUCGGUUUAAACUGACAAAAGAAGCUCCCACUUUUUUCUUAUAUAUUUUUUAUUUUGUUUAUUACAAUUAACAAAUACUUCAAAGAAAAUCUGUUAAGAAUUUCUCUUCCGUUGAGAAGAUUCAGAGUGCGCAAAAAAAUCAAUAAAUUUAGUAAACAUACGAUUCCGAUGAAGAUAUGUAAAUAAACAUUUUAGCAUUGUACUAGGUCACAUUCAAAUAGCUUGUACCUGGUUAAAAUAUACCCGGUUCGGGGGAGAUAUUUUUUUACACUUGAUCAUUCAUACGCGUACGUAUAUAGACAUACAUAACGUACUAUCAUUUGUUAGUAUACCCCAUUUUUUCAUAAUAUAAAUUAUCUACCACAGUUUUUGGAUGUUUGCUCUAACUAGAUCGAAAUCAAUGUCGAAGAAAACUUCUAAAACGUCGCCUUCUUCAUCACCGCUGUCCUCUGCGGCUGUGGUGAAGGAGGCAACUGACAGUUGGAAAAGCCGUAGUAAUCGUAACAAUAACAAUCGACACCAUCAGUUACAAUAUUCAGCCAGUCACUUGGGCUGUAGUACAAGUAUAAGCAGUGGUGCUAGUGGUCCCAAGGUAACUAAGAAAUCGGCUCACUCAACUAUUGGUGGCAAUCCUACAUCUAUGACGUCCUCAAAGACUAUGAUUGAUGGCAGCGGUGUGGCAGUUAAUGAAGCUAAUCUUGGUUUUCUUGGACGGCUGAAAAGAAAGUUUAGGAUCCAUACCAACAAAGGUAGUUACAGUCUUUGCCAGGAAAAUUUGUCAAACAAUAGCCAUUAUAUGGCACGUAGUGAGAGCGAAAUAUAUGACAAUAAUCAUCAUGCAGGACUUACUUGGAAAGAAACUAAAUUACGUUCAGAAAGCUUACCCCGCACACGACAAAAUCCAUUUUCGACUGUGAAAAAGACACCGCAUCGGCAGAAUUCUUCUUUCUGGGGAAGACAUUUCCCAGAUAACCAAAAUAUUGUAGACCCAUCAUGGCUCACUGAAGAAUCCGAUGAGGGGCAGUGUCGCCCAUUGUUGAAUGAAUCAGGUGAAGUAAGGAAUGAUUUUUUGAGCUUGGAUGAGUCUGCAAUUGACUUGGAUAAUGAACCUGCAACUAACGAUGUCUUGAAUGAUGAACCAGGUUAUGAAAGCUUGGAAGAAAUCAAAUUAAAAAUGCAGUUAAAUCAAUUAAAACAUUCUUCUGUUUCUACUGUUCUUGAAUGCCCUGAAACCCCUGACACAAAUGACUUAUGCUGCAAUGGGGUUUCAUUACAAGUUAAGUCCUCCUUGUUAUCUUCAGCAUUACCAAAGAAUGGCCAGUUCAAAAAUGCAGACCAUAUUAAUAAAAACUGUCAGAAUGGAACAGAUAACAUGUGUGAAUGUACCAAAAAUUUGGAGCUACAUCCUGCGGAAUGUAAUAAUGAUAACAAACUUGUGUACUACUGUGAUGAAAGAAUGUCACCUCCUCCUGCCUCAUUAGCAACAACGACACUGCAGUCUUUAAAUUGUUGCCGUGGUAGGCAGACAGCAGAGAGUGGUGCAUCAAAAAUAUGUCUGAAUUUACCAACUUUGCAAUUCUCGUGCCCUUCAAGAAAUCCUUCAGUUGAUGAUACAAGUCCGGAUUCAUCUGAUCUGUUUUCUGAUGAACUCUAUGCAAAUCCCCAAAUCCUUAUCCGCAAAAAGUCCCGAUCAAAACAAUCAUUUCAAGAAUCUGAUCGAACAAGUAAAGGUUCUACAUAUGAAGGAAUUGCAACAGGUGCAAGUGAUUCAAAUGGCAAUUCAAAAGAGAACAACGAACAAGAUAUGUCUCCAAAAGAAACACAAACUGACUUGGCACCACCAUUGCCUGCUCGAAACUAUCGCCCUGAUGAGAAAGGAGAACCCGAGAAAUGUGAAUCCUUUAGCACUUGGUGUAAUGACUAUGCUAAAGGAACCUCAAUGGUGGAAAAUUCCACAUCAUCCGGGAAACCUUUCUUCAACAACCUGUGUUUACCUGAACCUUCUCUCCCACUGCCUCCCUCAGAUGUUCCUCCCCCACUCCCACCAGAUAACCGAAAGUCAGUGUUUGCUGGUAGUAGUAGUUCAAGUGAUAAAGUGAGUGCUAAUGUGAUAAAUCCAAUGACUAAACUUCGGCUGAAUGAACAGCCUUCACUGGCAGCAUCUUCUUUAGAGCAGUUGUUGCAAGAAUCUUCAGUUGCUCCAUCUUUUAAACGACGAGUUCUUGAUGAGCCAAUUCAUGCUUCCUUAGAGGAGGUUUUCCCCAGAAUGCGAACACAACAUAAUCCUAGUCGGUCAAAAUUAACUGCUUCCUGGAAUGGGGAGCGUUUAAAUGCCAACACCAGUAAUCAUUGGGAUUUUUUCAUGAAGGACAGUCUCCCUAAGUCUUUGUCUUCAUCAAAAGUGUUAGAUGAACCUAUCCAUGCAUCAUUAGAUGAAGUAUUUCCUCAAAGAAGGCAGAGGCAAAAUACUAAAUGGAAUAGAAAUAGUCUUUCAUCGUUGAACUGUAAUGGCAGACGUUUCCCUAGUGCUGAGAAUAACUGGGAGGUUGUUGUUCAAGAAGGCAGCCCUAAUUUAUUUGGAUGUACCCAGAUGUUUCCUAGUGUUAAUGGCCUGAUCAAUCCGGAGAUACCACCACCAUUGCCUGCUAAACGGAAAACUAACCAAAGUUGUUUAGGAUCCUGCAAAUCUGGUUCCUUAUCACAUGAUGUUAUGAAAAACCUUGACCAGCUUAGAAAUUGUGGCUGGUAUUGGGGCCCCUUGACAUAUGAAGCAGCUAAGGCCCUGUUGGACACCAAACCAGACGGUUCUUUCCUCUUGCGUGAUAGUUCUGAUGACUGUUAUAUUCUAAGUUUAUCUUUCAAAUCCAAUGGGAAAGUAUACCACACAAGGAUGGAGCAUCACAAAGGUCUUUUCAGUUUUUCUUCCCAACCGGAAUCUCAUCAGAGGUGUAUGAUCAAGGACUUCAUGGAGCAGGCUAUGCAGAAUUCAGAGGAUGGGAAAUUUUUAUAUUUUUUACAGGCACCAGGCCCUGGAAUGCCACCAGUUCCCAUUCGUCUGCUAUAUCCUGUAUCUCGCUUCUCCUCCAUUUCCUCACUCAUGCAUCUGUGCCGCUUCUCCAUCUUGGGCUUUGUACGUCGUGACCUUAUCGAUAAUCUACCGAUUCCCGAGAGCCUGAAGCUUUACUUAAAAGAAAGCCAGUAUUUUGUGGAAACUCUGCAGUAAGUGGAAAGCACUGAAACAACACAUACAUAACACAUCUACUUUACAUGUACACAGAACAAAGGAAAUGGAAUACAACUCGUAUUGUUGCUCACAAAGGAUCAACUGAGUUAAAUUUCAUUGCCUAACUCAACUCCCUCUCCAUACUACCAUUUUUCCACAAACACACACCCUUUCUUUCUCUAUAUAUAUGUAUAUAUAUAUAUAUGUGUAUGUAUAUAUAAAUAUAUAUACAUACAUAACUAAAUACACCUUCAGUUAAUUCAUUGCUACACAGCUUAGCAUUAGACUAUUGUUCUUUUUGUGCGUGUGUGAGGUGAGUUUUUUGUUUUGUUUGUUUUUCUCAGUUAUUACUGAUUCUUGAAGACACAAAAUAAAUCAUUUAAAAAAAAAAUUAACCAGAGGUUGAAAAUUAAUAAUACUAAUAAUUGAUUUCUUUCAA